UGUUCGGCUGUCGCUAUUAAUACAUUCGGCGGAGUAAUUUUCAAUAUUCUGAUUUAGGUGUAGGCUAAUAUUGCAAGCAUGCCUCCUAACUGGAAGAGUGUGAGUGUUGGUGACUGGGAACUGUUGGGAAUCCUAGGUCAAGGCGGCUUCGGCGAAGUUCAUCACUGGAAAAAUCGCAAAACAGACCAGGAAGUAGCCACUAAGCGCAUAAAAAAUGCCGAAAACAUGAGCGUUGAUCAGCAGCGUAAGCUGCGGCAGCGCUGGAAGGAGGAAUACGAAUGGACACAGCAACUACAGAAUCCGAAGAGCAUUGUCGCCGGCGUUAAGCUGAGCGCCGAUUCUCAGGCAUUUAUUGAUUAUUUGAACAAGAAUCACUUUUGCCAGCUACCCGUGAUUAUACUGGAAUAUUGCAAUGGAGGCGAUGUACGCAAACUUUUGCAGAAAUCGCAAAAUGCCAAUGGUUUGCUGGAGUUUGAGGUUCGUCAAAUUUUAGGCUCUCUACGUCAAGCUGUUGACUUCCUUCACACGCACUGCAAGCUAUGUCAUCGCGACCUUAAGCCCGACAACAUUGUAAUACAUCGCCUGGCUGAUGGCCGCCGGCUGUACAAGCUAACGGACUUCGGCCUAUCGCGCGAAUCGCCAGACAAAACGAUUCUGCAGAGCGUGGUGGGCACACGCCAUUAUUAUGCACCCGAGGUGGUGGAAACCGGCAAAUACAAUAACAAGGUGGACUACUGGUCGAUGGGCAUCAUUGCUUACGAGUUGGUGACGGGUGUGCAGCCAUAUAUACCGCACCAGAGUGUGGUCAAUAUCCAUCAGAAUUUACAGAAAAAGCCUUGGAAUUGUAUUGCCAUAACUGAGGAUUAUGUCACUCCGUUGCGCUUCCAUUUUCACACUGAGAUACCCAUCGGGCAUCAUUUGAGCGUACCUUGGCUGGCGCAGUUUACAAAGUGGUUGCCUUUGGCUCUCAAUUUCGACUAUUCUCGGCGUGGCUCACCAGCAGCAACUGAUGAAGUACAAGAUGCGUCUGCAGCUCCCGUUAUAUUUACGGAAAUUGAUCGUCUGUUGGAGAUGAAAGUGCUAACCAUCUUCGCAGCGUGUGCCUAUAAGCGCCUCGAGUACGAAGUGACAUCCAGCAUGACAAUGCAACAGUUGUUCAUGUUCAUUGAAGAGUCCAUCGGAUUGCCAUCAUCGUCUAUUUAUCUUGUGCUGCCCUUGGGUCAUCCACACAAACGUCUGACCAGACAGACGAAACCAGUGGAUCUCUUUGUGGACGAUUGGUGCGACAACAGCGAGGGAUCGCGUAAUCCUCCAGUUAUGCUUUACGUCUUUAAUGUCACUGAAAAGUGCCCAUAUGUAAAACCAGUGCCAUACAUGCCGCCAGCGCUUAAGCACUACCUUUCCGCAGAAUAUAAAAAAUUGGAAAACUGGUUAGUGGAUCGCCUGAUGUUGGACAUGCACCAUGUUCUUCACACAGAGCAGGCCCACGUGAGAAUGUUGGUGUGUGGAUUUAAGGAUUACGCCUUAUCGCUAGAGCACGAGGUUCUCGAAUAUCAGAUAUUAAUUAAGACUUUGGAUAAGGAAAAGUAUAAAUGCUGUGGCGCCAUCGAGCAUUUCCAAGUACUGCUCAGCGCUGCAGAAGAGCAGCAGAAAUUACAUUUGAACUAUGAUGAUGAGUGGAAAUCCAAUUGGAUGAAACUGGCCAUCAAGCAUAAGGAGAUAGUUACUUCUAUUGAGAAAAUAGUACAUCACUAUGAAUCUAUUUUAAACAACGUACGGACGGAUUGUAUAAAGAAGAGUCAAGAGAUGUACGACAAUACUAUUGAAAGUGAUAUAUUCAAUAUCAAGGAUUAUCAGAAGAAAUAUCUGUACAGUUGUCCAACGUGGUCAGAGCUGUCAGACAUUUCGAUUAAUUUUGCAAAGUCUCGUUAUGCGUUCCUCGAAAAUAAGGAAAUGAAGAAUUUGCGCGAGAGCACAAACCAGACGCAUUUGCGCUUCUCCAAAAUACCAAUUGUUGUGAAUAACGCUCAUGAGAAUCUCAGGGCUGUGCAAGCACAGCUGCUGCACCUACAACUGCAAAUGCUGGCAAGUGCUAAUCCGAUACAGCAGGUGCCCAUUUUUGACCUAAACAAUGCAAUGAGCCAACUGAGCUUUGGUGUCGCUAAUGGCGUAAUUCCACACAGUUUGGAUGCUUUUGAUAGUCUGUCCACCGAAAAUGUGAUUGCCCAGGCGUUGUACACCAGGCAACUCCUGGAAAGUGGGAUGGAGAUCGAUCAGACUGUUCAACAUUAAGAAAAUGUGUCUCCCAGAUUAGCAGCUGAAAAUUUUAAGUUUUUAUAGCAUUAAACUGAUUUAAUAUUCUCGCAACAGA